GGGGAGGCGCGCGGGCAGCGCGGUGAGGCGCCAUGGCGGCCCAGCAGCCGCCGCCCCCCAAGCCCUGGGAGACCCGCAGGAUCCCGGGCGCCGGGCCCGCCCACGGCCCCGGACCCUCCUACCAGUCCCCUGAUUUAGGACCUAAUUUGCUGACAAGACCCGGACAGCCCACGCUUACCCGCGUCCCCCCACCUAUUCUGCCAAGACCAUCUCAGCAACCAGGAGCUAGCAGCCUGAACACUUUUCGACCCGCAUACAGUUCCUUUUCUUCAGGCUACGGCUCCUACGGAAACUCGUUUUAUGGAAGUUACAGUCCUUACAGUUACGGAUAUGGCGGGUUGGGCUACAACCGAUUCCGAACAGAUGAUCUUCCUCCCAGCAGAUUUGUUCAGCAAGCCGAAGAGAGCAGCAGGGGAGCGUUUCAGUCCAUUGAGAGUAUCGUCCACGCGUUCGCUUCGGUCAGUAUGAUGAUGGAUGCUACCUUCUCAGCGGUGUAUAACAGCUUCAGGGCUGUUUUGGAUGUAGCCAAUCACUUUUCCCGAUUGAAAAUACACUUCACAAAGGUGUUUUCGGCUUUUGCGCUAGUCAGGACUAUAAGAUAUCUCUACAGACGGUUGCAGCGACUGCUGGGUUUGCAGAGGGGCUCUGAAAAUGAGGACUUAUGGGCUCAGAGUGAAGGAACUGUGGCGUGCGUUAGCCCCGAAGACAGAGCAGCCAACUCAGCAAAAUCUUGGCCAAUAUUCUUGUUCUUGGCUGUUAUCCUCGGAGGUCCUUAUCUCAUCUGGAAGCUGCUGUCCACACAAAGCGAUGAAAUUACAGGUACCUCCAAUUGGGCAAGUGGUGAAGACGAUCAUGUAGUUGCCAGAGCAGAGUAUGAUUUUGUUGCUGUGUCUGAGGAAGAAAUUUCUUUUCAUGCAGGUGAUAUGUUGAAUUUAGCCCCCAAAGAGCAACAACCCAAAGUGCGUGGCUGGCUCUUGGCUAGUGUUGACGGUCAAACAACAGGACUCGUGCCAGCUAAUUAUGUCAAAAUAUUGGGGAAAAGAAGAGGUAGGAAAACAGCAGGUCUGGAUAAGAUUGCAGAGCAGAAAAGACCUUUUACCAAUCCAGCAACAGUUAAGGAAGUGUCUAUUGCUGCUGACUCUUUGGAGGAACAGGAAGCUGCCUUUGAGUCUGUUUUUGUUGAAAAUAAUAAGGUUCCAGUGGUCUCUGACUCCACUGCUAAAAUUUGUGAUAAGCAAGAUCUUUGAAGCCCUCUGAGUCCAUUUGAAAUUGAACUAAACUAUAGUACUUUGUUAUUUUGUUAAAACAUAAUAUAAUAGCUGAUUUACCUGUUAGAUUUGGCUCUCCAGAUACAUAUUCCUACUAGUAACUAUUUAAGUUGUGUAUUAAUGAGCUACUCUAGAGAUCAAGGGCUAUUCUUUGAAUUUACAAAACAGGAGACCCUGAGAAAUACUCAGGCAGCCUAUUUGGUGUUGGAUACUACCAGUGUCUCACUAAUUCUCAUGGUAUGUGCAAAGAGGGGCUUUAAUGUUUUCUGGUGGAAAGGUAGUCACUCUUAAAACUUUAAUGGUUCUGGAAGAUACAAAAGGAAAUUUCCAAAUCUGGGAGUUUAUAUUUACACAUGUAAAUAUAUAUUUAUAUGCAUAUAUAUAUGAGUAAUCAUGAAACAGAUUUGAGUAAAGAUUGUAUUGUUAGUGGAGAAUUGAUUUCAUAAAUAAUUAUUUUGUAAUCAAUGUAACUUUUCUGACAGGAUCAUUUAGGAUCAAAUGUCGCAAACAAAGUGAGUGAUUUUUCUUCUCCGAGAUUGAUGCUAGUUCUACAGCACUUUGAGUGAGUCAAAUGACAUAGCCAUGUCUAGCAAUUUUGUAUUUUAUUUUAAUCCAUUCUUUGCAUCCAUCUGCUUUUACUUAAGCACAAUGACUUUUUAAAAAAUUUCAUGACAAGGUCUGUUCUGAACUCCCCUCAUCAAGAAUGUAUCUCUUUCAGUUUUAUCUUUUUAAAUUUAGAUUUUGCUACUGACCAAGCAUAAAUGACUAAGACAGUUGACACGUUUUGUGCCUCAAAAAGCUCAGUGCAUCUAGAUUUCCCCCUAAAAAAUUGAAAAUUUUUAGUAUUUAAGCCAUAAUCAUACUAUAAUAAUGGCUGAACUGAAAAUUAUUUUUCUUCACAAACUCAAAAUAAAUAUUAAUAUGGGGGAUUUUCAUGUGUAUAAAGCUUCAAACUGUUUAAUAUGUGACUCUCAUGGAAAUGUUUUCUUCCGUUUCUUCACUGGAAUCUCUGAAUACCAAUUUCAAGUGCCUGAAUGAGUAAUGGUGAAACAGCUAUGAUGGGUUAAAAGAAAUGGUCUCAACAUGUUUCAGGGAGGGGAGGAAAUUUCUUAAAAGUCAAGGUUUCUCCAGCAUUUUUUAAUGGAAGGCAGCACAGGUUUUGAUUCUCAACACAGACCCUCCUGAGUCUGUGAAAGUUUUAAAUGCAUAGAAAUCAGGAUUUAUGAGAGAAUAAAAUGGACCAUAUUAAUAUAUUACAUGAAUGCAAAGUUAAAACAACCUUCAAAAUGCAUCAUUUGGAGAUUAACAUUUAAAUUUAAGCAUGUGAGCAGCAUCUUAAAAUUAUUCUUCGUUAUAAACGUCUCAUGCUACGGUCUGUCAUAAAUGAAUUUGCUGAAAUAGAGAUGAUGGAAAUGUGUUCUCAAAUAAAGAUGGUCCUAACUUGGUAGAGUGUUAACUUUGUUAGGUACCGAUACAUUGCAUGACAGUUUAAUGGGAACGUGUUCAACUGUUUUUUAUGGAGACAUUUAUAGUUAGGCUGACAGAGUAAUUACGGUUAAGGAUGGGAGAGAGAAGUGUACCCGCCCUGAGUGAGGUAAAUGAAAAUCUUUUCUUCUAUUGAAGCACUUCAUGAUUUUUUUGUUAUUUGUUGACUCAGCAUAUUGAGAUGUAGUGUACCUGAGUAGUUGCUAACUGCAUUUUGAUGACCUGAAGUCUCUUUUUCCAAAACAGCAACAACGAACGAAGGGCCAGAAGCAGAGGAAGCAACUGAAAUUAUUUAAAAAUCACAAAUUUCUUAAUAUCAUUCAGUCAUUUUUCAGUCUGAUGGGCUCUGUUUUUGAAGGGUAAUUUUGUCAGCCAAAACUAGCUUUAAAAAUGUUACCCUCUGAAUAUAAUGAAAUUACCCUUAAGUUGUCAGUGAAGACUUAGGUUUAGCAUAACUUUUCUAAUCCUAUCAUUUUGAGAUUAGCCUAAUGGCUUUAAAAGAGAACUCUAAUUAUCAGACCUUUUGUUUUCAUUUCGUAAUAGCUUAACUAGUCUAGCACUGUACAGCCUAUAUUCAUACUGUAACUUCAGUAGAGUUGUCCUUUAUAAGCUCUCAUUGAUGGAAAAAAGAAUGGAAAAAAAUGUUAUAUUUUAUUAAGUUGUGAAAUUUUGUGAUUGUAAAUAAAGGUAUUUAAACACCUA